GAGGUGUGUCGAGCGCUCGACCUGGUCGAGGCUGCAGUGGCCACGGCUUGCGCGGAGGCGGCCAAGGUUGGCACGGUGGCCGCCGCUGCUGCGGCGCGGGGGGACGAGGCCUUCGGUGCGCGCGCAGGAGCCGUGUGCGAGGAGCUCGCCUCGGGGCGCGCGUCGCUGGAG